CAAACCCAGUCUUCCCGGCAGGCGCUUUGGGAGUUUGAUUUCUCCCUGGUUACUUGCUAACGGACUGGUCUAAUAAUUUCCAGAGGAUAACGUUCAAAGUCUCGGUCAAACGUCAUACUGGUGAAGGCAAGGGGGAUAUUAACCUGGCGUUACCUGGUCAAACUCGCGAUUUCUGCAUUUAUAAGUGGAAUAUCUGCUCAACAAAUUUAACAAAAUAAACCUAACCAGCAAGUCACAUACCGGCAGCAUUUGCUGAUACUGUAAAAUGCAGCAAGUCGGACGGCAGCAAUUGUUGCUCGAUCCCGGACCAGGCGGACGGGCUCUGGAUGCGCCGCCGAACAACAUUUCCAUCGCACACUUCCGGUAAAGUAAGGAAAGCAAUGGAAGAUUUAAAGAGUGUUGAAGAUGAGCAAAUAUGUGUAGAAGAUGAAGAUGAAGGCAGUGUGUUGCUAUUUUCGGAUAAAGAGAAUGAAGCUAAGGAUUUGCAACAGACUACUGACACAAAGGUAGUUACCAAUCAAGUGGGUCCAGCCACCUCCAACACAGAAGGAGAUCUAAUUACAAAUACGUGUAAACCCGUCGAUCAGGAUAUCUCCUCUUCUUUAAGUGAUGGCUCAAAUUCAGUUGACAGUUUAUUCAAGACACAGUGUCCAUCCACACCAGAAAGAAAUAAGAGCAGGCAAAAUACAGGAACAUUUUUAACCCAAUUAGAAUUCAGAAGUCAAAAUGAACUUGAUUCUGAGAGCUCAUCUGAUUCAGAUGAAGGUCUAUGGCGUCCAAGUUUUUUGAAAGUUGGUGAAGUAAGAAGACGGUGGCGAAGCAAAAGAACCAAAAGCAGUUACACUCGUAAGAAACACAGCCUGCCAAGAGGAAGGUUGCAAGCAUCCAUGUCUGCAGUAGAGAAAAAGAGGAGGUUGCGAGAGCGAGGACUGGAGUUUCCAUUUUUGCAAAAGGAAUAUGGAAAAAAGGAAUUGCCAUUUAAGAUGAUUUUUACGUAUGAGCAAGCUGCUUUGUGUGGAUUAUUUGAUUACAUUAAGGAGUUAAAAUGUCAAAAACAUCUCAUAAACUCCUUAAAAAACAUAAAUGUGGAUUGUGCAGAAAGAAUUAGUGGUCCAACAAAGCAAUACAAAUACCUGGAUGAGAAAAGACCAAUUUCACCCAUAUCUGAAAGCAGUGAUGAAACCUGCAUUGAAGACUUGGGAAAUGAAGAGGCUUUUGAUAUGAAAGUCGUGGAUAAUAGCUACUUCAUAGCAGAAAAAAGGUCUGAAAAAAAGAAAAGGUACUCUAGGAAAAUGUACUACAGGAAAAAAGAGAAAAGAUCUCUAAGGAGUGGUAAAAAUAAAGGCCACCAUGAAACCAAUGGUAAAAGUAAAGGUCACGUUAAAAAUAAACAAGUGACAGGUGAACAAAAGGACCAUCCCACACAAAAUCUUCCUUACAAUGCGCCUUUUAAGCAGAAAACCAAAGAAAAAUUAGCAGACCUGAACAGUCUACAGAAUUCCCACACGCCCUUAGAUGAAAGGGAAGUUGAAGAAACAGAGAGUGUACUUUCUCUUAAGAGUCGCAAAUCUAAUAAACAUUCAAAAAGUAUAAUGAUGCAAAAGAGGGAACACAUAACAUCGCAAGAAGAGAAUAAUCUAGAAAGAAUGGAUUGUGAACUAACAAUGCACCAGAAGAUCCUUUGUAAUGGUAGUGCUCAAAGAAAUAUUUUCCAAGAUCAGGAUCAUCCUGUGGAACAAGCCAACGAAGACACCAAUUUAUUACCAAUGGUGUCUCAGAAGAAGAAGUUUAAACUUUAUAAUGGGAAUAGUUAUUUUACUGCCUCACCAUUGUAAAAAGGGUAGUAGCUAUUUUGCCUGGUCACCUUCAAAAGCUGUUAUUUAAGGAUGAACUAAAUAACAUCUGAAUUGCAGUUACAAAUGAAUGGCACAUUUGCACUAAAUUAUUCAGUCAAUUAUGGCUUGACACUAUCAAUAACUGUUACUGGGAAAGUAUUUUCCAUUGACUUUGAAUCCAUAAUUUUCACAAAGUAUAUUUUAAGAAUAUUAUGCAAUAGAAUCAUUGUCAUUCUGUGGCUGAACAUUGUGAAAGUUGGAAAAUAUUUUUGUACUCUACAGAAGUAAGGUUUCAACAUGAUCCUUACUUAAUGGCUGUGCUUAAAACUUUGUCCUGAAGCCAAAAUCUUAACAAAUAAUUCACUUAUUUUCUAAACCUACAGCAUAUAACAGGUAAUUAUGAAAUUUCGACCUUGCAAAAAUCCUUUUGAGGUAAUUUAUAAUCAAGUAUUAAUGUUGGAAAAUGUUUGUUCAUCUGAACUACCUGAGCAUUUUCUCCCUCUGGCCCGUUGAAGUUUUCCAGAACUUUGUUAUUUUUAUGUUUAUUUAUCAAAAGUUGAUACUGAAAAUCAGAGAAUGGAGAGUAGUGUUUUCUUUUAGAUAGCAGUGAUAAGUAACCAUUUCCUGUUAGUGAUUCACAUAAAAUAACGAGUGGUAUUUUAUUUUCCUUUGCCAAAUAUUAAAAAGGUCAGCCCACUGUACCAAAUUCGAUAAAUUGUUAACUUCUAAGUUGGGUUUAUUUGUGCAUUUAUCAUACGUAUAGCUUAAUCGGUUAUUUUUAAAACGUUAUAAUAGUUUUGAUGUAUUAAAGAUCAGAAUUAUUUUGAAAGUGAAAAUUAUGAUAUUGUUUACAUUUUACUAUUAUGACUGGUAAUGUAGAAAUGAACAAAGAUGACAUCCAUGCUUCAGAUUGUUACGGCUGCAUUGCCGCCUCCUAUGAAAUGAGAAAUGUAAAACUAGAUAAUGGAGUAAGAAUUUUGCUAUUGGCUAAAUGUAAUAAUUUUUGCACAGAGAUCCAUAAACCAUAUGCUUUUGAAAAAUCUGUUUCCAUAUUU